AUGAGCUUUACUUUACGGCGUUGCCUGCUGGCUCUCAGGAAAUCAGUAUAUGCUCUGAACCUGUUUCGUUCUUUUGCGCUGGUCGCUCUUCCCAAGAUAUCGCCGUCGCCACCGCCCGUAGCAUUGACUCCAUACGAGUUGCAUGGGGUUGGGGUAUUGGCCAAACAAGAGCCGGGGGAGUUUGCAUUUCUGGAGGGAAAGGAUGAAGAUAAAAUAGACCCGGAGGAGCAGGAAAAGAAGGCCAAUUUGGGUGCUUUGGUCGAGGAACUUAGACACCUUGUACCUGGGAUGGUGCAUGAGACAUUACCCAAGACAUUGAUUCUGUCUGAUAUCAUGCUACGGAUCUGCCCUUCACACUUUGACCAGAUGAAGAAUUUUUUGCCUAAUAUUAAGGGCCAUGUUUCAUACUACGCUACGUGCAAAGCGUUGCAGUUGUUUAUGACUUCUGUUGUGGUGAACCCAAAUGUACAGCUACACAUCCAAAGCUUACGAACGAAAAGCAUCUCAGAGUUUCCUUGUGUAUAUCCAGACUCCCAGAAGAUCUUUGUUCGCUGGACUACUUGUCCUGAGGGUUGCUCCCAUUUAAGACGCAAGCCGUCCAUGCAAAAUGGAUCUACGAGCCAUAAGACAGGCGACGCCAAGUUAGGCAGCCACCGAUGGUCUCGUAUCGACACUGAUAAGUUUGUUGAUGCGCUGAAGCACCCAUAUAACUGGUCGCUUUCGUCUUCUUUGGCCGAUCUUACAAAGGGUAUUAUUGGUCUUAAGAAAGAGGAGUCUGACUCUUUGGAAAGAGUGGUGCUGGGCAUCUUCAUCUUUGAACUCAACGACAAUAACACGCAAAUCAUUGCUCAUACUAUCGAAGACAUGGACGUUAUCGAACGCAGGGAGCUGCAAGGUGUCGAUGGGAAGCUCCGUAUCUGCUAA